AUGGGAUUAGUGAGCACUGCUUUCUCACCAGAGGCUCUUCUGAAACUGCGCCAUGGUAACCUUGGCAUUUGCCACACACGCUAUUCAACCACUGGGAUCUCAGAGCUGCAGAACUGCCAGCCCUUUGUGGUGGAUACACUGCAUGGCAAGAUUGCUGUAGCACACAAUGGGGAGCUGGUAAAUGCCCAUGCCUUGAGAAAAAAGGUAAUGCGCCACGGUGUCGGCCUCUCCACCAGCUCGGACAGCGAGCUCAUCACCCAGCUGCUGGCCUUUACUCCACCCAUGGAGGAGCUGCACUCACCUGACUGGGUGGCCAGAAUCAAAAACCUCAUGACUGAAACUCCUACAUCAUACUCCCUGCUGGUCAUGUUCAAAGAUGUCAUCUAUGCGGUGCGUGACCCUUACGGAAACCGGCCCCUCUGCAUUGGACGGGUUGUUCCCGUCUCUAAGCUCCACAGUUCAGGUGCUGGUGAGGGGGACACCGAGGGGUGGGUUGUGUCAUCGGAGUCGUGCAGCUUCCAGUCCGUCGGUGCCAAGUAUUACAGAGAGGUUUUACCAGGAGAGAUAGUCCAGAUAUCCAGACAUGGAGUCAAGUCUCUGAGCGUCGUGCCCCGUCCUGAGGGAGACCUUCCUGCAUUCUGUAUUUUUGAAUAUGUCUAUUUCGCCAGACCAGACUCCAUUUUUGAAGGACAGAUGGUCUAUACUGUGAGGCAGCGCUGUGGACGACAGUUAGCCAUCGAAGCUCCCACUGCAGCAGACGUGGUCAGCACCGUGCCGGAGUCUGCAACCCCCGCCGCUCUGGGCUACGCUCAGCAGUCUGGUCUACCAUACAUAGAGGUCCUGUGUAAGAACCGCUACGUUGGGAGGACAUUUAUUCAGCCAAAUACCCGCCUGAGGCAGCUGGGAGUGGCCAAGAAGUUCGGGGCAUUGACGGACAACUUUGCGGGGAAACGGGUGGUUCUGAUUGAUGACUCCAUCGUCAGAGGCAACACCAUCUCCCCCAUCAUCAAACUGCUGAAGGAAGCUGGGGCAACGGAGGUCCAUAUCAGGGUGGCGUCUCCACCGAUCAGGUUCCCUUGCUACAUGGGCAUCAACAUCCCAACUAAGGAGGAGCUCAUUGCCAAUAAGCCAGAGUUUCAGGACAUUGCUGGUUAUAUUGGUGCCGACAGCGUUGAGUAUCUGACUGUGGAGGGUCUGGUCUCAGCUGUUCAAGAGGGCAUCGCCUCCCACCAGGAGAAAGACGACAUGAUCAGCUCCAGUAACAAGUCCAGCAAGAGGGUGGGCCACUGCACCGCCUGCCUCACUGGGAAGUAUCCAGUGGAGCUGGAGUGGUAA